AUGAGUAGAGUAAGUAGCAGUACAUUGCGUGCCAAAGUGGGAGAGCUUCCACCCAGAGUUACGAGAUCGAGGGCGAGGGUUUUGGAGUCUUGUUCUAAGAAUGAAGGGAAGAAUGUUAACAGAGCUGUGAGUUCUAAAAGAGGUGUUUCUUCUGAGAAUAAGACUUGUGUGGUUGUGCCUGAUCUUCCUCGGCGGAAGAGAAGGGCCGGGCUUACUGAUGUUACUAACAUCGGUGUAAACCCGCGUGAUAAACGUGUUAAACAGUCUCAAUUACAGGCCAAAGGAGUUUACCCAAAGAAAAACACAAAGCUAACUUCAGAUGUCUCCAUGGAAGUUUCAUCAGCACAAGGGGGUGGUAAAGCAAUGGUAGAGUCAAAUGACACUAUUGCUGCGGUAACUUUGGAUGAAGAGCCUACUGGACAUUGUAUGUCCAACAACAUUCGAGAACAUGUUAUGACAGACACUGCAUUCUCGAUGCAAGAAUCUGUGAACUCUGGUGAACUUGAAACCUCUUCAAGUCCAAACACAGAUAUAAAUAUGAUUUGUGAGAAGCCAGGAGCCUCAGGUUGCCUGACCAUUGUGGACAUUGAUAAAGAGUUAAAGGAUUCUCAAGUUUGGAGUGAUUAUGCCCCUGAUAUAUACUGCAAAGCACGAGUAACUGAGCUUGAAAAAAGGUCAUCAACCAAUUACAUGGAGAGAUUGCAGCUAGAUAUUUCUCCAAGCAUGCGCGGGAUUCUGAUUGAUUGGCUUGUGGAGGUUUCGGAGGAAUACAAGUUGGUUCCAGAUACUCUAUACCUUACUGUUAACCUCAUUGAUCGGUUUCUCUCGACAUGUUUGAUUCAGAAACACAAGCUCCAAUUGCUUGGCGUUACUUGUAUGUUCAUUGCAUCAAAGUACGAAGAGAUUUGUGCUCCUCGAGUGGAAGAAUUUUGCUUCAUCACAGAUAAUACAUACACAAAAGCAGAGGUAGUGAAAAUGGAGAAGGAAGUUCUUAAUCUUCUGCGUUUUCAGUUAUCUGUUCCCACAACCAAAACCUUUCUCAGGAGAUUCAUUCAAGCAGCACAAUCUUCUUACAAGGAUCCUCGUGUUGAACUGGAAUUCCUGGCAAAUUAUUUAGCAGAGCUUACUCUUGUUGAAUACAGCUUCUUACAGUUUCUACCUUCUCUUGUGGCUGCUUCGGCUGUAUUCCUUGCGAGAUGGACCCUCAACCACUCAGAACAUCCAUGGACUCCAACUCUGGAGCAUUAUACGAACUGCAAAGCUUCAGAGCUAAAAACCGUUGUUCUUGCAAUGAAAGAUCUGCAGCUUAAUACCAAAGGUUGCUCCCUCAAUGCUAUUCGUGAGAAAUAUAAACAAGAGAAGUUCAACUGUGUGGCAAAUCUAUCUCCCAAACCGGUGCAGUCAUUGUUCUAG